AUGAAUCAGGUUGAACAUAUUCGCGAGCAUCUGGACGAAAACCACGAAGCGAGUGAUCUGGGCAUUGUCGAUCAAGCCCAAAGUCAAGUACCGCUGCUUCUGGGGCCGGGAAGAGUCACCCCGAGCCUUGAAGAUAUCCUUGCGGACGUUCCUCCGAAACACAUUACAGAUAGACUUGUAUCCCGGUAUUUCACCUCGACUCAGCCAUCCAUCUUAAUCACCCAUUCGGGAGAGUUUGAAGGCGAGUACAAACGCUUCUGGAAUGACCCCCAUUCCGUGUCCGUUCAGUGGGUUGGGAUGCUCUUCGGCAUUCUGGCCACAGGAACAUUCCUGUACAUCCGAUCACAGGAUGAGCUUCCCGGAGGAAUGGGCUCACCUCUUGAGGUCGCAGAGUCCUUUCAGCAAAGAUGCACUGACUGUCUUAUUCUUUCCAAGUACUCCACAGCGCCUGGUAAGUAUACUCUGGAGACUCUUCUGUUUAAUAUCCACGGUGAGUUCGUUCGCCGUCGAGAUGCUCAUCUCGGCGUGUGGAUUCUUACCGGUAUUGCUGUUCGUUUGGCAAUGCGAAUGGGAUACCAUCGCGACCCAGACAACUACCCUCGAAUCUCGCCAUUCCAUGGCGAGAUGAGGCGUCGCGUAUGGGGUGUUCUCCAGCAGCUUGACAUUCUAACCUCUUGCCAACUGGGCCUGCCGUCGCUUAUUCAGGAGUCCCAGUGCGAUACUCGUCUGCCGCGUAACAUAAAUGACGCAGACUUUGGUCCUGAGUGUACGCAGCUUCCUCCACCAAGGCCUGAGACAGAAGGUACUGGCGUUCUGUACACCCGUGUCAAAGUCAAGAUGAUGACCAUCUUCCGGACAAUCUUCAACCAAGUCUCACUUGGUAAGACAGAAGACUAUAACGAGAUCAUGGCGCUUGAUCAAAAGCUUCAUCAAAUGCAUCAGUCCAUGCCCACUUGUUACAAGAUAGCCAAGCUGGAAGAUUGCUUCAUGGUCCCGCCGUAUCUACUCAUUCGGCGAUAUAAUCUUGAACUUCUCUUCCAAAAGGCUAGAUGUACACUACACCGCCAUCACAUGACGAAGGCAUACCAUGACCCCAAAUAUAACUAUUCCAGGGCGGCUUGCGUCGACUCAGCGAUGACUGUGCUAGGUCACCAGGCUAGCAUCCUGAAGGAGGUUCAAGUUGGUGGACUGCUGUAUAAUGAUAGGUGGUUUCUCACAUCUCUUGAGAGACAUGACUUCUCGCUGGCAUCUAUGGUCGUCUGCGUCGAACUUGGUAUGCCACCCGAGCAGCAGAACCCAGAGCUCGUGGGGUAUACUCGAGAGAGUAUGAUCGAAGCACUCAAAACAUCGCAGGCAUUUUGGGCAGCUAUCAAGGCCGUCUCUGCUGAGGCAAAGCAGGCAUAUGAUAUGCUCACGGUGAUGUUGAAAGCCGUGACCACUGGCCCGAAGGAUGAGCCGGUGCCACCAGCUGUAAACCAAGAAAAAGCCCCAGCCCACAAUGGGAACGGCAACGGUAAGACUGACGCUCGAAAUCAUGUGAUUUAUAGAUUGACGAGGACAGGGCACAUGAACGGGCAAGAUACCACGAGCGAGACUCCUUUCUCGGCCGAAUUUCAGGGCAUUGAGGCCAUGCUGAACAGUUCAGAUGGGGUAGACUGGGAUAUGUGGGAAUCACUUGUUCACAUGCCUGAAGACUUCUCCCAAUAUGAAAUGCCAGAAGAGCUCUGA